AUGAGCGCCAUGUCCUUUGGUCCUGGUCAGACCCUCACCACUGUCACCACUGACAGCGGCGACAGAUUCCCGCUUCAACAGAUGCCCAAUGAGCUCAUCUUGGAAGUUCUGCACCAUAUGGACGAUAACAACAUCUCGCUCCUCCCGAUCUCGAUGACUUGCCGACUCAUGAGACGACUGAGUGUUGGCAUGCUUUUCCGAGUCGCUCAAAUAUCCUGCGCUGAAAAGGACCUCCCUGAUCGUGUGAGGGAGGUUCGACGGAAUCGAUCCAUCCUUCGCGCCAUUCGGACACUCAGCAUCUACACAGAAAGUCCCCCGGCCUCGCGAACCCCCUCCAACUUUCCACGGAUCCCAAACGUCAAGUUCAAUGGUAGACCGUCAAAUGCGACGGAGCUUGCCCGGAUGCUCAUCGCACUGCCCUCUCUCGAGGAGCUUCGACUGGACUUUCGAUUCAAGGCAACAGUGUCUCUCAUUAAGCCGUUUAUUCGGCUUCUGAAAAGAGAGCCUGGCCAAUGGAGUCUCACACAUGUCACGGCCCUGACUUUUCCCGCCACGGCAGACCUCAGCUUCAUCGUCGACGCCUUUCCCCAUCUGAGAGCUUUGAGCUUUGAGGCGCCACUGAACAAACCACUGAAUUCUAUCAAGGGUCUGAGCGAGGUCGUGAAUUCACUUGGGCCCCUACUCGUAUACGUCCAGAUUUGCAAAAUGAGAUGGGAUUACAAUGACUUCCAAGAGGUUGCGAGCAUGUUCCCUCACACGACGCACUUGACUAUUGGCGGGACCAUGGCCUUUGGUGGUCCACCGACACUCCCGAAUUGGGAUCUGAAGGAAGCGACGAGACUCCUGAGACCUAUGACCAACCUCAAGGUCCUUGCACUCAGUGAUGAGCGAUGCCGCUCUUCCUUGUCGCUGGAUCCGAUUGUGCCAGCUCAUCGUCGGGCUUCGACGAUCGCUACGAAGCUCCUACCCGCCAUUGGUUUUCACAAUGCCAGGUCCCGAAGAACAGACCAGGCAUGGGGAAUAUGGCAGAAUCUCCGGCUCCCUAAGCUAGAUAUUCUGUAUCUUAUGGACAGAACCUUUGAGGGGCAUUGCUUUGUGCCCGUCAAGGCAAUGGUCAAGAAUAAGCAAGGGCAAGAGCAAGAGCAAAUCGUCGACGUCAAAGUCAUGGAUGAUCCGCUGGAGCCGGCCUGGCUUGACAGCUUUGGCCAAGUGAAGCCGUAG